AUGAACAGACCUCCUAAUCAAGCAGAAGCUGCAUUUGAUCCAGAGAUUGAAAGAACCUUUCGAGCAAGAAGAAGGAGGCAGAGACAGAACAGAGAUGUAGCAAUACCUAAAACUGCAGACAUAGAAGUAGAAGGAUCUGUGAAUGGGGAUGGACGAGAUGAGACACCGAUCAGAUCACAUGGAGUCCCCACACUCAACAAUCUCCAUUCGGGGAUUGUGCAACCUGAGGUUGCAGCAGCAAACUUUGAGCUAAAACCCGUGAUGUUCCGCAUGCUGCAGACAAUUGGCCAAUACAAUGGAAUGCCAAGUGAAGAUCCACAUCUGCACUUGAAAAAUUUCAUGGAUGUGGCAGAUAGCUUCAAAAUCCAAGGAGUCACAACUGAUGCAAUUAAGUUGAAGCUAUUUCCUUAUUCAUUAGCCAACAGGGCUAAGACUUGGUUGAGCACUCUAGCCUCUAAUUCAAUGAGAAGAUGGGAAGAUUUGGCUGAAAAGUUUUUAGUCAAAUUCUUCCCUCCAGUUAAGGCAGCUCAACUAAGGAGUGAGAUCACAUCAUUCCAGCAGAGAGAAGGAGAGUCAUUAUAUGAAAGCUGGGAUAGGUUCAAAGAACUGCUACGGAAAUAUCUCAACCAUGGCAUACCCGAAUGGCUUCAAAUGGAAACCUUCUAUAAUGGGCUGAAUGAGCAAACCCGUGGCAUAGUGGAUGCAUCGUCUGGAGGAUCUCUCUUGGAUAAGACCUUUACAGAGGCCUAUGAAAUUCUGGAGAGGAUGGAAAAUAACAACUAUCAAUGGCCAUCUGAGAGGACAAUUGCACAGCAGAAGGUUUCAGGAGUGCUUGAGCUGGAUGCUAUAUCAUCACUAUCAGCACACAUUUCCUCUUUGACUAAUACCCUCAAAAAUUUGAAUUUGAGCACUGAUGCUAAAGCACAACCACAACAAGCACAUGUUAUUUCUAAUACUUCUAAUGUUGUAACAUGUGUUUUCUGUACUGGUCCCCAUAUUUAUGAUGACUGCCCUCAAAAUCCUCAAUCAGUGUUCUUUGUAGGAAAUUACAACAGGAACAAUCAAUAUUCAAACUCCUACAAUCAAGGAUGGGGGAACAACAACAACUUGCCUUACUCUCAAGGGCAACAACAAGGAUCAAACUAUGCUCCAGCACAGCAGAUGCCAAGGCCACCAUUUCAGCAGCAGCAGCCACAACAGCAAUACCAACAAACUCGACAGCAAUCUGACAACUCUAGUUCGUUGGAAAAUAUGCUGAAAGACUUCAUGGCAAGGAAUGAUGCUACUAUUCAGAGUCAAUCAGCAUCAAUAAAGAACUUGGAGAAUCAAGUAGGGCAGUUAGUUGAUGCCAUGAGGAGCAGACCUGUAGGCACACUGCCUAGCAACACUGAAAAUCCAAGGAGAGAAGGGAAAGAGCAGAUCACGGCUAUAGCAUUAAGGAGUGGAAAGGCUGUAGAAGAACCAGAACAUAUUAAAGACUACCACAAGAUGAAGGAGUCAGAAGGCCAGAACGAAGGAGAGCAGGUUGCUGUGGAAGAAGAAAUUGGAGAGCAACAGGUUGACAAACAGACCAAAAGUCCAGCACAGAAAGCUGCAGCAAGAGAGCAACAUAGUCAGCCUGCUGACAAAGCAAGUAGACCACCACCUUCUUUUCCUCAGAGGCUUCAUAAGCAGCAAGAUGACAAGCAAUUCAAAAGGUUCAUGGACGUGCUGAAGCAAUUGCAUAUCAAUGUUCCAUUGGUAGAGGCUCUUGAACAGAUGCCUAGCUAUGCAAAGUUCAUGAAAGACAUCUUGUCAAGAAAAAGGGGAGUCAAGGAAUAUGAGACAAUAGCUUUCACUCAAGAAAGUAACAGGUUCUUGAACAAGUUACCACCUAAAUUGAAGGAUCCAGGGCUUUUCACAAUCCCUUGCUCAAUUGGUAACACCUAUGUUGGGUAG